AUGCGCACCACAACAGUCUGUCUCUUUGCAGUUCUUCUGGUCUUUGUAGCAACUCCAGCCAGGGCAGAAGAGGAAGUUGACUUUACCACGCAGCUUAUGAUGGGCUACAAGAAGAUGAAGGACUACCUGAAGAAUGACCCACGGGGUCAAAAGACCGGCGCAGCCCUCAAGUCUCUCUGCUUGGCCCUGAAAGACGGACGCACAGCGAUUCGCUCCCUGAUGGCCAUUCAUAUUCGCCGACUUUUGGAAGAGAACCCAGAGUAA